ACUGCGGAUGGGCGGAGUCUGCCCACCCUGACGCAAUCACUGAACAGAAGCUACAUAACAAACACUGACACUUCCUUUUUGCAGCGGCUGCAAAACAACGACACCGACAAGAAUGGGACGAGCCGUCGUCAUUGUUUGUCGCACGGCAUGCCCCAGGGUCGCCGCCGAACGGUUGUCUCGCAGCGUUUUAUCCCGGGACUAGCCGACGAGGGAGGCUAACGGACUCGCUAGCGCGGGGCUCGGCUAAGUUACCUUUUCGGUCGCGGCGACCCCACGCAGCUCCACCACGACCGCUUUCACUCGCAGAGAAAAUGGUGUACCUGCUGAAUCCUCUGGAGAACCUGAGAAGCUACAUCACCAACCGUCCGCCGCUGGUCAUUUUCAUGAUCAGCGUCAGCGCUUUGGCCAUCGCCUUCCUCACUGUCGGUUACUUCUUCAAGAUCAAGGAGAUCAAGUCGCCAGGGUUGACGGAGGACUGGAACACAUUCUUGCUGCGCUUUAACGAACUGGACUUGUGUGUGUCGGAGAACGAGACCAUUAAGCACGGCCUCAACGAGUCCACCACGCCCGAGAGCCUGGUGCUGACCAGCGGGCAGGCGCGCUCCAGCACGCAGGUGCCGCUGAUCUCCGAGGACCCGGGCUCCGUCAACAUCUCGGUGCCCAUCACGCUUACGCUGGAUCCCCAGCGUCCGUUCGGGGGCUACUCGCGCAACAUCACCCAUCUGUACGCCGCCGUGCUCGGGCAGCAGGUCGGCCUGUUUGGCCGUGAAGCCCACGAAGAGAUCAACAUCACGUUCACGCUGCCCGUUUCCUGGAAUGCUGACGACUGCAUCCUGCACGGCCACUGCGAGCAGGUGGUGUUCAGCACGUGCAUGACCAUCUCUGCCGCCAGCAAUAUCUUCCCGGUCACAGUUCAGCCGCCACACUGCAUGCCAGAGACGUACACCAACGCCACCUCCUGGUAUAAGGUCUUUACCACGGUGCGGGACUCGGAUACCAAGUACAGCCAGGACUACAACCCCUUCUGGUGCUACAAGGGCGCCAUCGGCAAGGUGUACCACGCCCUCAACCCCAAACUCACCGUCAUCGUGCCCGAUGAUGACCGCUCCCUCAUCAACCUCCACCUGAUGCACACGAGCUACUUCCUGUUCGUCAUGGUCAUCACUAUGUUCUGCUAUGCGGUCAUCAAGGGCAGGCCUGGCAAAGUGCGGCAAAGCAGCCCUGACUUCUUCCCCGAAAAGGUGGCUCUGUCAGAAGGUUAAUCGGGCGGUACGAGAAGAUCAGUUGUAAGACCAGUUCUAAACAAAGACCCAGGGACAAGCACUCGGUUGCCUGUUGGUCUCUGUGCGGACUUUAAAGUUGAAGAAGAAGAAAGACAAAAGAGCUCGGCGAAUGAUUGAACUCCUCCUCGCAAUGUUGGGAUUAUCCAACCAAAGAUACAAGUGCCUGCAUCCGUGGUGUAAAUACGAUGUAGGAACCUUUUUGUGUUGUCAUUGUUGCUAAUAACAAUUGAUUUGCCAUAUCACAACAUGCAGUCCCACACAGCUGCCCACCUUAAAGACGAUUGACACAUUCAUCCAUACAAUCCGGCUCGCUUGCUAACCUCCAUCUGUUCACCAAGGCCCGCCUAGACGGGGUGCAGGAGCAGGGCACGAAACGGAGAAGACCGAUUAAUGUACUUUUUCUUUAUUUUAAAGGAGUCCAAGCAGUGCUGAGCGACUAACAAUAGCAACAAUGCGAGUUCAGGCUCAACUGGUAGCGUUCGUUUGUUUUUGUUUUAAUUAGCAGGCUACUUCCUGGGUGCUUCAGACCGACGUACAAAUAGUAACGACAAAAUAAUGGGUUCUUCCUUAGCCCUGAAGUUCGAGCCAAAUAUUUUUUUUUUAAACGUAAAUCUUGUUCAUCCGUCUUUGUUUUUCUUUUAGCAUUAACACGUCCGUUUCUUAAUGACGGCAAUGAGCCAGAGCUGUUUUUUGUUUUUUUUCGCCCAAAGUCUUUGGAGAAACCUUACAAAUUGUCAGACGGCGCCACUCAAAUAAUAGUCACUGCAAAUAAAUCCACCUGUGCAUCAUCACCAAACACAACGAUGUGAGUAUUCAUCAUCAAUAUUGACUGAUUUCACUUCUUGAAUUGAAAAGCGGCAUUGAGAUGCUCGGAAGUUGUUUUGUUUUUCCUGACUGUUUUUUUUUUUUUUUUAGCAAGCGGGCUACUUGUUGACGGAGGCAGAAUAGAACAGCAAUCUGCUCUAUUAUGUUUUUUGGUUGUUUUUUUUAAAGCAAAAAUCGU